UCGUUUACGCGGCAUCGAUGGGUGACGAGCGAAUAAAUUUGGAUUAUAUAUCGAAAUGGCGUUGGGCACUUGCGCAAAUGGCACAAUACUGCAUUGAUAAUCGACUGAGAACACCGUUGGGAAAACCUGCGGAGACAUUUUUAAAAUUUGAAAAUGAAAUCCGACGUUUGGCACUGAGUUCACUGACGCGUAAACAUGCGAAUUCGGGAGCAUCAUCGAACCCUGCACUGGAUCCGUCUCCGACUCGAAGCGGUGUGCCUGAUAAGGAGAAGGAUGGAUGCAAUAGCAGCGCUAGC